AUGGGUUCCAAAUCCAUAGGUUCAACCCAAUAUAGUCCACAUUCUUAUCCUGGCCCCAGCAGGAGCCCUAUAGACUCAGAGAUCUUCAAUGGCCGGAGCUAUGCUGAUCAGAAGAAAGAGUCCGAGACAGAGGUGCAGCCUACUUGCUUCCAAAAAAGCAGGCGUGCUGGGGAGUACCCGCAGUUCACGCUCGAGGUGGCGGGGCCGCCCACCUGCGCUCUGCCCCUGCCCAGCACGUGGGACAGCAUCGCAGGUGCAUCGCCUCGCAGCUCGCACCUGCUGAAUGGGUGCUGCUUUCACACCGUCCUGUUUGUUCCGGACUCUGGAAUCAGCUGCCUUUUGAUGAAGCAGAAGAAGUUUCUUUAUCACUUCAAAAAUGUCCGCUGGGCUAAGGGCCGGCACGAGACCUACCUGUGCUACGUGGUCAAGCGGCGGGACAGUGCCACCUCCUUCUCACUGGACUUCGGCUACCUGCGCAACACGAACGGCUGCCACGUGGAAUUGCUCUUCCUCCGCUACAUCUCCGACUGGGACCUGGACCCCGGCCGCUGCUACCGCGUCACCUGGUUCACCUCCUGGAGCCCGUGCUACGACUGUGCCCGGCACGUGGCUGACUUCCUGAGAGGCAACCCCAACCUCACUCUGAGGAUCUUCACCGCGCGCCUCUACUUCUGCGAGGACCGCAAGGCCGAGCCCGAGGGGCUGCGGCGGCUGCACCAAGCGGGCGUCCAGCUCGGCAUCAUGACCUUCAAAGAUUAUUUUUACUGCUGGAAUACUUUCGUGGAGAACCGUGAGAGGACGUUCAAGGCCUGGGAAGGCCUGCAUGAAAAUUCUGUCCGCCUGUCCAGACAGCUCCGGCGCAUCCUUCUGCCCCUUUAUGAGGUCGAUGACCUACGAGAUGCGUUUCGUACUUUGGGACUUUGA